UACUUUUGUUUAGUACUGCAUCCAUAUCAUUUUAGCUGUUGGUUACAUUCACAUAACAAAAUUAUUAGGUACUCGUAACGUGUGCCAGCCGCGAGUCGGUCGUGUGCGAUCAGUUCCACGUAAGUGUCGAUCAUAACAGUUAAAUGUAAAGAUUAGUUUCAAAGUGAAUGUGAAUCAUCAGCUGUUAAUAUCCGUUAUUCGGGUUCGGUGAACAGUGCGUGAUUUAAAUUUUAUAUUUCCGAAUGCUACUGUCUCAGUAAUACGUGUAACAUAAGACUAUUAAUAUGACGGUGCCCCCAAAUACUCAAUCAAUUGUCGUCGGCGUAAUUGAGAAUAAAACUAUUAAAAGUAAAUCACUCUUCAAAUCGAUAACAAUUUGGUGUGCAUUACAAUGGAAACCUAUCUUAGCAGAGUUCAUAGCCACAGUCCUAUUGAUAAUAUUUGGAUGUAUGUCAUGUAUACCCUUAGAAGGAUAUACACAGAAUCCUGCAGUUUACGCACCUUUAGGUUUUGGUUUGACAGUUAUGUUUAAUAUACAAAUAUUCGGACACAUAUCUGGUGCGUUUAUGAAUCCAUUUGUUACAACUAUUGCUGUUAUAUGGGGCAAGAUACCUGUAUCCCUUGGAGUGGCUUUUAUAUUUGUCGAAUGCGCUGGAGCAAUUUUGGGAUAUGGAUUCCUUCUUCUCGUGUCUCCUGUUGAUAUGUUAACUGAAGGAAUUUGUAUGACUCAGCUACAUAAAGGUAUCAACGAGGUUCAAGGAUUUGCAAUUGAACUGGUUUUAACAAUAGCACUUUCAUUAAUAAACUGUGGUUUGUGGGAUCCGAUAAAUGAAAGUAAACAAGAUUCCGCUCCAUUGAAAUUUGGUUUGACUAUUCUGGGAUUAUCGAUAGCUGGUGGUCCUUUGACUGGGGCUAGUAUGAAUCCCGCUAGAUCAUUAGGACCUGCAGUUUGGAACAAUAAAUGGGACGCUCAUUGGGUAUACUGGGCAGGGCCUUUCAUAGGUGGUAUUUUGGUAGCACUCUUGUACAAAUAUACAUGGCUAAGUAAACAUAAACAGGAACAAGAUGAGCAUUAAGAAUAUCCAAUAAGUGUAUCGCAAUUAAAAAUACGCUGCAGGAUAUAAAUAUUAACAAUAACAAUUUGGAUGCAAAUUUGAAAAUGUAUAAUAGCACAUUUAAGAAUAGCAAUAAGGAUGUUUUAAUAACAAUAAAUAUUGAUAAUUAUUUAUUUAAAGUAAAUGGAAAAAAACAUGUAGAUUACUCUUUCGAUAGUUUUACUAGUAUUUCAAUUUAUUAAAUUGUAUCGGUCUUUGGACUGGGUAUACAAAAAUAUUAAUUCCUGUUCUUUGGUCGUCAAACUUUGAUAACAUGUUCUUCUAAAAGGGUAAAAGGGACCAAAGUUUGAAUGUUAAAGAUAUUAAAAACAUGUUUAAACGAUUAUAAAAUAAAACAUUUACUAAGACAUAAUAGAAUAGAAUUUAUAUAGUGAUCGUCUGUCUGAUCUGAUGUAAGUGUUUCAAUAUCGUGUAUAGAGGUUUAAGUAUAGAGUGGAAGUUGUUCUCUGUAUAUUAUGUAUGGUUUGAUUUACAGGAAAGUUAAAGACAAGUGAAAGUUGUAUAGAUAUCAUAAAGUCAAAUAAUCUGUAAUAAAAGUAACGGGUACAAACUGUCAAAUAAAUUACCUGCAUAAUAACUAAAAAAUAUAUAAUAUAAGAACCGCCAUUUGUUUAUCAU